AUCAAUAAAUUUCCAAUUAUGAGUUUUGUAUGUUUUUGUCAUUUACAGUCCACAAUGCCCAAAAGGUAUUCUCAAAAGGAUAUCCUCGAUGCUGUGGGUGCGGUAAGACAAGGGAUGUCGUACCGGAAAGCUUGUAGCAAAUUCGGUGUCCCAGUCAUGACCAUCCAAAACCGAUUCAGCGGCAAGGUCGACGAAUUGGCACACGCUGGGCGACCAACAGUUAUACCAGCCGAAGUUGAGGUGGAGCUAGUUGAAAAAAUUAAACGGGCAGCGAACAUGGGAUUUGGAAUAACCAGACGAAUGUUGCUAGUGAAGAUCGGCAGAAUCGUCCGCAAGCUAGGAAUUAAGUCCCCAUUUAGAAAUGGCGUGCCUGGCAAGGAUUGGAUUGCGGGAUUUUUGAAGAGGCACCCAGACGUAAGCCUAAGGACACCACAGGCUUUAUCAACGUGCAGAGCAAGGAUGUUAAAUGAAACUGUCACAAACAAUUAUUUUAACGAUCUUGCUAGGCUGCUCGAAUCUCUUUGUUUACAGGAAAAGCCUGUUCGCAUCUGGAACAUAGAUGAAACCAGCGUUCCACUGCUGCACAAGCCGGCUAGGGUGCUUGGGCCUUCCGGUGCGAAAAAUAUUCCCGGAAGGGUUGGGAAUAACCGGGAAAAUGUUUCUGUCCUGGCCUGUGUAAACGCUGCUGGUGGCGAAAUCCCCCCUCUGGUUAUUGUUAAGGGCAAAACUUACAAAAGUUUGCUAUCUUACAAUACUGAGGCCGGUGUUCCCGGCAGCGUUUACACAUUCCAGGAACGAGCUUGGAUGGAGGAUACGUUGGGCGAGAUCUGGUUUCGGGGCCAUUUUCUUAAACACUGUGGUCCAGCAAGGCCCCAGCUUAUAAUUCUGGACUCUCACUCAUCCCACGAGACACUUGGUCUCAUAGACGCAGCUAUCGCUAACGAUGUCCAUCUUUUAGCGUUUCCACCACACACAACCCAGUGGUUGUGUCCUUUGGACAAGUCCGUAUUCGGUCCACUUUCUCGAGAGUAUUCAAGAUUCUGUACCGAAUUCAUGGCACUUAGCCCAAACAACAUGGUUAACAAAUGGGAGUGGCCUCGGCUGUUGAGGCAAGCUCAUGACAAAUCUUUUAGCAUCACUAACAUCGUCAGCGGGUUUCGCAAAUGCGGUAUCUACCCUGUGGACCGAAAUGCCAUUCCAAAGACAGCACUUGCGCCCUCGGUCCCCUUCGAUGUACAACUAACCACGACUAACAUCACAACACCAUCCGGUGUCGAUAAUGUUGUUGCACAGCAGCCAGAUCCACGGGACCAUCACACGGAAGUGUUGGAAACUGCCCACGACGGAAUUGUCCUAAAUGAAACAGAACUGAUUGGACUCGUAACAUCAGGACAGUAUCCCUGUACUGUUGAUCCCGUAUCAGGGAAUCUGGAAAUAAGUCUCGAGUUGUUUAAUGGUCAGCCCAUGCAGCAAAGUGUGGAGCGAAGACCCUUCGUGCAUGAUUGGUCAGUUGUGGUUGACCAAGAAUUCGCGCUGCCGACAUCUGAAAGAACUACCGGUAUGGAGAAACCCAGUUCCAGGAAGUUGACAAGCCAUAGAAUUUUAACUUCCGAGGAAAUAGUUAAAAAGAAACGAGAAGACAAGGAAAAAAAAGAAAGGAUCGAGCAAGAAAAAGAAAAUCGCAAAUUGGCUAGGUCGUCUAAAAAAGCGAACAUCAAAACAAAAUAAAAUAAAUUGUGUAAAAAAACACAACAAUUGUAUGACAUUGGAAACAAGUUUAAUAGAUCUAUGUAUAUUUCCAAUAAUUGUUGACAUAACGGUUAGUUCAAUACAAUGUUUGUGUCAAACAGUACAGACUGUACCAUAUUUGUACCAUAUUUAACUAAUGGUAAUACAAGGUGUCUUAAAUUUA